AUGGCGUCGUCGAUGUCCAGGUCACCCUCGACCUCGUCACUGUCCAGCAUGGGCAACGAGGACGCACCUUCUCCAUCGAGGUCAUCAUCAUCACCGUCCCCACCGCCGGACCGCUCGGAGGCGACGCCUCCUCCCGCCUCACCUUCUCCAGUCCCAUCCCUUCCCUCUCCAGCUCCCCCGACCAUCUCUCACUUCGCACGACCCAAGGGAAAGCUGGUGACUUACUCCCGGCGACCACGGCCUGUUCAGAUGCGGGAGGACUCACCGCUUAGCACGCCGGAAGCCACGCCGAGGAAGGCACCAGCCCCGAAAGCUCGUCGCGGUACCAUGAACAAGGCCAAGUCGUCAAAGGAGGAGACCACCGCGGCCAAGAACGGCAAGAAACGAUCCUCGCCGUUAUCGAGUCCGGCGCCGACCCCGAAGCGUUCCCGGAAGUCAGCUGCGGCGAGUGCGCCCAGGGGGACGCCUCGAGGGAAAGACGACGCCGAUUCGCCAUUAUCGUCACCUGCUCCGUCUGACUCGGAGCCUGAAUCCGAUGCAUCGCGCGCGUCGACUCCAGAGGCCAUGCCCAAGCGAGCGCGUCGGCCAACGGCUGGCGCACGGAAGGACGCUGAGUCGAAGAGCGCUCCAAGCCGGGCGACGAAGCGGACUGCGCCGCGGUCAUCAACGCCCUCUGCGCCCUCGAGUUCCAAGCCGAAAGCAAAACGAGCGCGGAAAUCUCUCCCCGCUAAGCUACCCUCGAGGGAUGAGCCGAAGGAGGAAGGCGAGCGGUUCCUCGACGGCGAAGCAGCACCGAAGCCCAAGACCAAGCGGAAGCGCGCCAGUACCAACGCGGUCGCGAAGGCCAAGUCUGGCUACAUGUCCACGGACGAGGAGGAACCCGUCGCAUCCAGCUCGCGCGUGACGUUAUCGGCGAAGAAGACACCAUCGAAGCACGUCCCCGGGAGAGGGAAGAAAGACCCCGCCGCUAUCUUCGAUAAGCUCCAGACGGCUGCUCUCAUGAACGGAAGCUUCACCAGCUUGGCCAAAUCGUCGCAGACGUAUGUGGACGACGAAGACGACGAGAUGACCCUCGACAAGGUCCUGAAGCGUCGAUCUGCUUCCUUGACCCCGCCACCGGGCAGUCCGACGCCGAAGUCGAGGCGAGGCGAGCAGAGCGCGAGGAGGUUUGAGCCGUCAGUUCUACCGUCGGGCGUCGAGCCUGGAAGCACCUGUGUUGUCCGACAAAACCACAACUUCUUUGUGGCCAUUCUCAACGAGUUUGAGGCCGCACAGAACGCGUCCGACCGCGACCGCUAUGUUGUCCUCGAGCGUGGCAGCAGUAAGGCGCGGACUGUACGGAGACGCGACAUCGUCUUCCUGCCUGAGGAUGCCAUUGCCACUUGCAGCUCGGCUGACGGCGACUCGGCCUUCGUCGAGCGCGUACGGCAUGUCCUGCCGUACCUCCGCCUUGUGAUGAAGGAUGAGUACGAGCCAGCUCGAUGGCGCGCGGAUCUUUUCUGGACGUCUCCUGCAACGCUCAGCAACGUUGCCGAGUACGGAGACCUCACGGAGGACGAGACGGCUGAGAUCGGUGAGAUCAUCACCGAGUGGAUCAAGGAGGAAAAGGGGUCCGAGCGCUUCGAGGCACUUGGCGAGAAGGAGCGACGUCACUUCAUCCAGGAUGUACUCGUUCCCGAGGCGGCUGUCGGUCUAGUACUCGCGAGUCUGGGCGAGGAGCCGUGGCUCGAAACGACCACCAACGGCAACGGCGAAGCUGUCAAGGUUGACGAGCCGAUCGUCAACGGCAACGACGCGGCCAAAGACAGCGCCCCUAUUCAGCCUGAGACGACGACUGAUGACGCGAACCAGAAAGCGAUCGACGCACCAGCUUCUGACGCCGAGAUGACCGAGGCGCCCGCCCCUCAGACGGCUGCUCAACCCGAGCCCACGACCGAAGCACCCGAGCAUGCCGUCGAGACAUCGACCGACACGCAGACUGGAGAGGCAAAGGAGGAAGCGCCUGUCGAGGACGCUGCUGCGAACGAUGACUCCGCUCCUGAAGCCAAUGAACCUAACGCUGCCUCUGCCGGGCCGGCUCCAACGACGGAACAGCCUGCUGAGUCCUCAGCAGAUGCCGAAACUCCUGCAGCCACCGAGGCUCCCUCUGCGGAACCAGCGACCGGGAUACCCGAGCGAGAGGCCGAGAGACCUGCGCCUAACGCCGGAGCUGCUGAGCCCGAGUCGCAACCCGAGCAGCCCGCCGAGCCCAUCGCGCCAUCAGCCAACGGUGCCUCUGACGCUAUGGACGUCGAUCCCACCGCCGAGCCUCCUAUCGAGUAUCCCGCCGAACCGGUUUCCGAGGACACCGUCAAGCCCGACGCCAAGCCCGACCCGCAUUCAGCCUACACCGCCGCCCGCGCGCAGCUCGCCGACCUCCGCGCCGCCGCCUCGCACAAACAAUGGGCCAUGCGCCAAACGGAAGUCCUGCGUGCCCGUCGCGAGAGACGAGCGAAAUUGAAACUCCCCUCAGAGCUGGAGACGGAGGAGGACCGUGCCGAGGCGGGCGUCGCGGACGGAACUCUGGGCCGCAGUGCGAGAGGGAGAGUCAGGCGCAAGGUGAACUAUAAGGAUCCCUAA